UCCAAGAUAAUUCACGUUUUCUCUCUCUCUCUCUCUCUCUCUCUCUCUCUCCAAACAAAACUUCGGGAAAAGUGGAGAGAAAAUAAAACUAAUAAGAAAAGAGCUCUUCUUCGCUCACUUUCUCGCUAAAUCUUAUUUCUUCGGGUCUUCAUCAAUGCGAGUGAGUAAUGCUCGAUUCCAAAUAACCUAAUCGCAUAAUGGAACUCACUGAUUCUUCCAAACACCAACUCGGAGCUUCCACAACCGCCGCUCUCGACGAAGAAGAUCAUCAUCCCUCUUUUCUCGGCAUCGAUCUCAACGAAAUCCCUACCGGCGCUGGUUGCACCUCUGUUCACCAUGACGACGGAGACUAUGAGCCUGUUGAAGUCGUUAGGUCGAUUCACGAUAACCCCGACCCAGCUCCCGGCGCCCCUGCCGACGUCCCUGGCCCCGAUCGGGAUGCCGCGUGCGGCGCCUGUGGAGGGCCCGAGUCGGUGGAGCUCGUAGCUGUCUGCGACGCUUGUGAGCGAGGCUUUCAUCUCUGUUGUGUUAACGAUGGAGUGGAGGCUGCUCCUUCCGCCGAUUGGAUGUGCAGAGAGUGUGUUACCGGCGGCGAGAGGAGCAAGCUUUGGCCGUUGGGGGUGAAGUCCAAGCUCAUCCUGGAUAUGAACGCCUCGCCUCCGAGUGAUGCCGAGGGAUACGGAGGCGAGGAUACGUCAGAUUCGAGACCUUGUAAACUGCUGCUGGGUCAUGUGCUUCUUUGUUUCUUCUUCUCCAGAAAGCAUAUGCUGGCCAGCAGUUCUUGCAUGGACAACUCUCUUGAGUAUUCAAUGACGCAUUCAAGCUCUUUUAAGCCUGGUAGAGGACAUGCUACUCUCGAAGCUUCAGGAAUGAUGUCUCGCAAUAUCAAAAUGAGUGUGGAUGCAUUGGAUUCGCCUUCUUUACGUUUUGGUUUUCCAUUAAGCCUGAGCAACAGUAGUUUUCCCAUUAGAUUUCCAUCCGUGGAUCCAAGCGAGCUGUUGCUGCACAAUCUCAGGCAUUUCAUAUCUGAAAGGCACGGAGUAUUAGAAGAUGGUUGGCAUGUCGAGUUUAAACAACCUUUAAAUGACUAUCAUCUAUGUGCUGUGUAUUGUGCUCCGAAUGGAAACACAUUUAGUUCAAUACAAGAUGUUGCUUGUUAUCUGGGCUUGGCAGUUAAUGAUAACUAUAGCUGUAUGGAUGCUGAAAUCAGGAAUGGUACUUCUCUUCUUCAAGAAAAAUUGCAUAUGUCCAAGAGAAGAAAGACAUCGAGAUGGCCAAACAAUGGUUUCCCCGAGCAAAAGGGUAGUUCAAGGACUGCUCAGCGCAGGCGUUUUCCAUUCUGUGGUCAGACGAGGACCACUUUCGACGUUUCACCUGGUACUCUUUUUCAGGCUGGUGAAUCGCUUAGCUCUGAGAAUAAUGGAUGCGGUUCUGAAGAAGCUAAUAAAGGACUUCCGAUGCAGUUUGGAGAUUUCUUUGUGCUGUCGCUUGGACGAAUUGACACAAGACAGUCUUACCAUAACGUCAACAUGAUUUAUCCAAUAGGAUAUAAGUCCUGCUGGCAUGAUAAGAUCACGGGGUCUUUAUUUACAUGUGAGGUGUCUGAUGGCAGUUCUGGACUUGUCUUCAAGAUUACACGGUCACCAUGCUCUAAAUCAUUUAUUCCAAUUGGAUCACUUGUCUUAUCCUGCCCAAAGAUUGAUGAAAUGGUGGAACAGAACAUUGACAACCGAAGUAAUCGUAGAGAUAGUCCUCAAGAGCAUGACGAAGACACUGUUGAGAUCCUUCUUUCAGAUCUGUCCCCACCUCUUGAAGAUGAUAUAUUGUCUUGUUUACGUGAGAAGAACUUAUCCAAGACAUUAAAGUGCCUGCGCUCGGAAGUUGGUUCUUCUCAAGUAGACUUUCAUAAAACUUCAUCCUAUAAUCAGGAGAGUGAGGUUGAUAUUGGCGAUAUAGUUGUGGAAGAAGAUUCAUUGUCUGUUGCAUGGAAAAAGGUUUCUCAAAAACUUGUUGAUGCAUGUUCCAAUGUCCUGAAGCAUAAGGGAACCAUGAACUUCCGUUGCAAGCAUGUCGACAGAGAAACAAGGGAAAUCAACUGGGAUAUGAUAAAUGAGAAAGACAGUGUAGUUUUAUAUUUGUCAAGAUUUUGCUGUUCUUUGGCUCCUCGCAUUGCUAUAUGCGGUGAAAAGGAUAAUAGCGAGAUUGCAACUCUAGUUAGUGCUUUGUCAACGUGGCUGGAUCAAAGUAGAUUUGGACUUGAUGCUGAUUUUGUACAAGAAUUGAUUGAACGUAUGCCUGGUGCCGAAUCAUGUUCAAAUUAUAGUUUUCUGAAGAGUAGAAUCUCUUCUGUAACUGUAGCAGAAGGUGCGCUAGUUGUCGAACCAAAAGGUGGAAAAAAUAUAAUGGGAGAAGUUUUUGGUGAGAUUCCUCGGAAAGCGAAGAGGCCUAAACUAAAUGGUGGUCAUGGUUUCAGAAAUCCACACCCUCCUCCCGGUAGGCCUAUGUGUCUGAGGCUUCCUCCUGGGCGUGCUGGUGACUUCCUUCAGCUAUCUGAAGUUUUCUGGCGUUUCCGUGAAAUUUUGGGUUUGGGAGAGUCUUUCUUACCUGAGAAGCUUGAAAAGGAGCUUGUCAAUCCAGUGUUCGAUGGUUUGCUUCUUGACAAAUCUGGGAAAGAAGCCAACAGAAGUGAGGUGAACCUUAGUGAUAAGGAUUGUACAGUUACUGAAAUUUUUUCUGUGUUCGAUGAUAGUCAACCCUUUUCUUCGGAAAAUACCUCUGCUUCUGUACUAAAGGAGACAAAAGUAGGAGAUUAUACGGAGUUAAACAUUUCGUAUUCCUCUCGUUGGCCGUGCUUGGGUGCACUUCUAACAAGGACUCACAUUUCGGUUCUGCAAGUGCUAAUAUGUGAGCUGCAAUCAAAGGUAGCUACAUUUGUUGAUCCAAACUUUGAUUCUGGAGACUCGCGAUCCAGACGAGGACGGAAAAAGGAUGACAGUACACUUUCUGAUAAAAGAAAUAAGCUGCAUAUGCUUCCUGUUAACGAGCUCACUUGGCCUGAAUUGGCCCGUAGGUACAUCUUGUCUCUUUUAUCAAUGGAUGGGAAUCACGAAUCAGCAGAGAUUGCUGCCCGUGAAAGUGGUAAGGUAUUCCGUUGCUUACAAGGGGAUGGUGGUUUGCUUUGUGGUUCACUUACUGGAGUGGCUGGGAUGGAAGCCGAUUCGAUGUUACUUGCAGAGGCUUCUAAAAAAAUAUUUGGUUCUUUGACAAGAGAAAAUGAUGUUAUUUAUGUGGAAGAUGAUGAUUCUGACGACCUUGGUGCUACUGAGACAAACGCUUGCAAUGGUGAUAUUCCAGAGUGGGCACUGGUACUGGAACCUGUGAGAAAACUUCCAACAAAUGUUGGGACUAGAAUCAGAAAGUGUGUCUACGAGGCUUUAGAGAGAAAUCCACCAGAGUGGGCAAAGAAGAUAUUGGAGCAUUCCAUCAGUAAAGAAGUAUAUAAAGGCAAUGCAUCCGGACCAACAAAGAAAGCUGUCCUCUCAUUGCUAGCGGAUGUUCGAGGUGGAGAUUUGGUGCAGAGUUCUGUUAAAGGAACCAGAAAGAGGACGUCCAUUGGUGUAUCUGAUGUCAUUAUGAAGAAAUGUCGUGCUGUAUUGCGUGGUGUUGCAGCUGCAGACGAGGAUAAAGUAUUUUGCACUUUACUGGGGCGAAAGUUACUGAAUUCCAGUGAUAAUGAUGAUGACGGACUCCUGGGAUCACCUGCAAUGGUUUCACGUUCCCUAGACUUCAGAACUAUAGAUUUGAGGUUGGCUACUGGUGCAUAUGACGGAUCAACUGAAGCUUUUCUUGAGGAUGUUCUUGAGCUAUGGAGUUGUAUACGUGCUAUGUAUGCAGAUCAGCCUGAUUGUUUAGAACUGGUUGAAACAUUGUCUGAAAAGUUUAAGUCAUUAUACGAAGCUGAGGUUCUACCACUUGUUCAGAAACUUAUGGACUACAGAAAAUUGGAAUGCACUGCAGAGAUGAAAAAGGAAAUUAAGGACAUAGUUGUUUCAAUAAAUAAGCUUCCAAAGGCCCCGUGGGAUGAGGGGGUGUGUAAAAUAUGUGGUGUUGACAAAGAUGAUGACAGUGUUCUCUUGUGUGAUACAUGCGAUGCGGGGUAUCACACAUAUUGUUUGAAUCCACCUCUUAUUAGAAUUCCGGAUGGAAAUUGGUAUUGUCCCUCAUGUGUAAUUGCCAAGCGCAUGGCUCAAGAUGCGUUGGAAUCUUACAAACUAGUCAGACAGCGGAAAGGUAGAAAGUAUCAGGGGGAACUUACCCGAGCUUAUAUGGAACAGACGGCUCACCUGGCAGAUGUGAUGAAAGAAAAAGACUACUGGGAGUUCAGUGCUGAGGAGAGAAUUCAGCUGCUUAAGUUUCUAUGCGAUGAACUGCUUAGCUCCUCCCUUGUUCAUCAACAUCUCGAGCAGUGUGCCGAAGCGAUAAUUGAAAUGCAGCAGAAGUUGCGCUCUCUUACCUCAGAAUGGAAAAACACGAAAAUACGGCAAGAAUUUCUGAGGGCUAAACUCGCAAAGGUUGAACCUAGUAUUCUAAAGGAAAUGGGCGAACCACAAAAUUCAAGUAGCUUUGCAGACCACAUUGGAUGUAGUCAACAACCACAAGACGGUGUUGUAGACCGGGUUACUCAUGAUGAUGACACUUCCCGUGCUACAUUUCUUAACAAUAAUCACGGAAAAGCUCAGCUUGAGACUGAUGCUCAAACCGGAGUGUCACUUGUCACUUCCAGUGAGACCAAUAUUUCCACCCGAGAAAAAGCUACCUCCCCUGGGAGGCACGAGUUGCCGAUAGAAGUAACGGAUAAUAUGUCUUGUGAAAAAGAAGAUAUUACAGAGACCUUGCGCACAUCAGCUGGAAGGAACGAUGAAACACAGUGUCUAAAACCCGAUGCAGUGGAAUUGCAGACAGCUAAUGAUGCAUCUUCUGUGGCUUCCCAAGAAUUGCAGGGUUGUCAACGGGAUUUGAAUGCCGCUAGCAAUGAAAUAGAGAAUCUGCAGCAAUCAAUAAAAAGCAUAGAAGCACAACUUCUAAGGCAAUCUAUACGAAGAGACUUUCUAGGAAGUGAUGCUAGUGGUCGUUUAUAUUGGGGUUGCAGCUUCCCAGAAGAACAUCCUCGUAUUUUGGUUGAUGGAUGCAUGUCUUUGCAGAAACCUGUACAAGUUGAUCAGACAGGUUCAAAAGUUUCCUCCCCAUUUCUCCGUGACAUUGACCAUGGAAGACUAAUGGUUUCACCCUGGACCUGUUAUCAAACUGAAGCGGAGAUCAGCGAGCUUGUCCUAUGGCUUCAUGACGACGACCUGAAAGAAAGAGACCUGAGAGAGUCUAUUUUGUGCUGGAAAAGGUUACGAUUUGGGAAUCAGCAUACGGAAAUAAAACAAGCUCAGAAUUCGUCCUCUCCAAAAUUGGCUGGGAAUCUUGUGACGAAGGCUGCCAUGUCAAUGGAGAAGAGAUAUGGUCCAUGCAUCAAACUAGAGACCGAAACCAUAAAAAAACGGGGGAAGAAGACAAAGGUUUCAGAGCAAGAGAAACUGUGUAGAUGCGAAUGCUUGGAAUCCAUUUUGCCAUCUAUGAUUCACUGCCUCAUAUGCCACAAAACAUUUGCGAGUGAUGAUGAAUUUGAGGAGCACGCCGAGAGUAAGUGUAUUCCUUAUUCAUUAGCAACUGAAGAAGGCAAGGAAAUUUAUGAUUCUUCGAAAGCAAAAGAGAGCCGGAAACCUGAUCAUCUUAGUUUAAAGUCUAACGCUGGCAAAGAAGUAGCUGAAACAUCCAAUGUUUCUGAACUUGAUUGUGGGUUGAUAAGAUAUCAGGGAGAAGAAUCUAUUUCCCCAUACCAUUUUGAGGAGAUCUGUUCUAAGUUUGUGACAAAGGAUUCUAACAGAGAUUUGGUUAAAGAGAUUGGUCUGAUCGGUUCAAAUGGAAUUCCAACAUUUCUUCCGUUGCCAUCUACUCAUCUUAACGACUCAAUGCUCAUAUCUGCCACUUCCAGCAAGCUAGAUGGUGGUGAUUCAGGGGGUCAGGUAAUUUUUACUGGUUCUGAAGCCAAUGGGGAAGACUUGAAUUCUGAAUCUAGCAUGUGUGUCGAUAGAUUUGUCAUAAAUGGUAUUGGCGGUCCGCUGAAUAAACCGAGUGGAGUGGAUUUUGGCCUCUCAGAGCAAAAGAACGAGAAAGCUUCAGGUAGUAGGUUAAAAGGCUACUGUGUGGUUCCACAGGCUUCGUUGAAACGCAUUACCGGCAAAGCUUUGCCGGUUUUCAGGUUCCUUAAAACCAUAUUGCUUGAUAUGGAUGUGGCACUACCUGAAGAAGCUUUAAGACCAUCGAAAUCACAUCCAGACCGUAGACGAGCUUGGCGUGCAUUUGUUAAAUCCGCACAAAGCAUUUUCGAGCUGGUUCAGGCAGCAAUUGUGGUAGAAGACAUGAUUAAGACAGAGUACUUAAAAAAUGAAUGGUGGUACUGGUCUUCUCUUUCAGCGGCUGCUAAAAUCUCGACUCUAUCUGCGUUAUCCGUCCGUCUCUUCUCCCUGGAUGCAGCUAUUAUGUACGACAAAAGCGUAACUCAAUCAGAUCCGAUGGAUGAGACAAAUCCCUUACCGGAGCAAAAGUCACAAGCUGCACAAGAAAGGAGCAGCAGAGCAAACAGAUCUGGUAAGAAGAGGAAAGAACCAGAGGGAUCAUAACAGUUUACUUCACAAGUAGAAAAGCUUCAGCGCGCAAGAACAUGAAAAGAAGUGUGGGCAUCUGGAAGCGGACCUGUAACUACCCACCUGGAUGUUGAGAAAUGGUUUGGUGGUACGUCAAAGAAAAGUCCGGUUUAGAUAUUUCUUGGAAUGGAACAGCAGCUGAAGGUGGUUUAACAGGUAGGAGAGAAUUGUGUACGCAUAUGUAGAAGACUAACUAAUGUGGAUGGAAUAUAAAUUUAGUAUUAAAGCCGCUCCUUAGAGAUUAACUGAUGGUAGAACGCAAAUUUCGAUUCUUUAUAAAAUCUAUCUCUCUCAGACAUUAUAAAAUUGUGAGAGGGCUUCAA